AUGGAUCCACCACCGCUGCCACCGUCGUCGCCUCUCCCCGCCGCCGCCGCCGCAAACAACAUUCCGCUGAUCAAUUACCCGCCGCCGGACUCCGUCCACUCCUCCCCCAGACGCCACCAACAGUCCACCCAGCCGCCGCCCGACGCCGUCAAUGACGGCGCCGUGCUUCCUCGGGUCCCGGGAGCGAAGCUCCGCCUGAUGUGCAGCUACGGCGGACACAUAAUCCCCCGCCCGCACGACAAAUCCCUCUGCUACGUCGGCGGCGAGACCCGCAUCGUCGCCGUCGAACGGAACUCCACGGUCGCCUCCCUCUCCGCCCGCCUCUCCCGCACCCUGCCCCUCAACGGCCGCCCGUUCACCCUCAAGUACCAGCUCCCCAACGAGGACCUCGAUUCCUUGGUCUCCGUCGCCACCGACGAGGAUCUCGAAAACUUGAUCGAGGAGUACGACCGGAUCACCGGCGCUAGUUCCGCCGCCGCUGCAGCAGCCGUCCUCGCCUCUUCCUCUUCCUCAUCCUCCUCGUCGUCUCCUCGAAUUCGAUUGUUCCUCUUCUUCAGCAAGCCCGUCACCGCCGCCUCCAUGGGUGACCUAAAAUCCGAAUCGUGGUUCUUCGACGCGCUCAACUCGGGCUCGGGCGCCGGGUCGGACUCCGUGUUGAUGCUCCUGCCCCGAAACCUCUCGGAUACCGCCACAAUGGACGGCCGCGUCGUCCCCGGGCUCGUCGACAACAUCGGCGGCGGCGGCGGCGAUCAUUACAAUCUCAAUCAACAUCAUCAUCACCAUCAGGACUCGCCGAUUGUUUUCGAGAAUUUCAAUGCUGCUGCUAGUAACGCUACUACCACCACAACCGGCCCGCCGUCGAGCGGUUCGUCGUGUUCGACCUCGCCAUCGGGAAUGACGAACUUGCUGCCUCCGAUCCGGGUUCGGACGCCGGUCGAUUCGGAUCUCCAGGGUUUCGAACAAGGAGCUAGAGGCCCGGCGGCGGCGGCGGUGGUGAUGGAUCAGGAUCAAUUCGGGUACCAUCAGCAAUUGGGUUCUGUCCAGAUCCAACUGGACAGCAUCAGUAUCAGUUCUGCUGCUGCUGCUGCUCCGUCCCCUCCAGCCGCAGCGUCGAUUGCUCCCGCCGGUGGUUCGAGCGAGCAUUUGAAUCGGGUUUCGUCGGAGGACGAUGACGAUACCCGAUCGGAUCCGGGGCGUGCGGCCGGGGGAGGAGUCGGGUUCCGUAAACCGCCUCUGCCUAUUCCCCUGCCUCAUCAGUAUACACAUCAACAUCAGCAGCAGCACAAACUGGCAGCUUUCAACAACCUUCCGCCUUCUCCAGAUUCAGUUGCCAGGUAUCUAGUCGGAUAUACUAAUCUGUGCUAUUAUCGAAUGUUAAUCCGUAUGUGGGAUAUUAAUCAGCGGAUUGCUAAACGUCGUCCUUAA